UGAACCCGGAAGUGCUCGCCCUAGGUCGGAAGCUGCGAGAACGCGAGGCUCCGGGGCGCUACAGCUGCAGCAUGGUCGGCGGCGGCGGGAGGCGCAGGCCCCGCGGGGAGGGGCAGCAGUGUGAAAAGACAGGUGCUAUGAAGAAGAGUAAAUCCUGUGAAGCUGAUGUCUCCAGUGAUCUUCGAAAAGAAGUAGAAAAUCAUUAUAAGCUUUCCCUACCUGAAGAUUUCUAUCACUUCUGGAAGUUCUGUGAAGAACUUGAUCCUGAAAAACCAGCUGAUGCACUUUCCACAAGCCUUGGACUACAAUUAGUGGGUCCUUAUGAUAUCCUUGCUGGAAAACAUAAAAUGAAGAAAAAGUCAAUAAGCUUAAACUUUAAUCUUCACUGGAGGUUUUACUAUGAUCCCCCUGAGUUCCAGACCAUUAUUGUUGGAGAUAAUAAAACUCAGUACCACAUGGGGUAUUUCAGAGAUUCUCCUGAUGAACUUCCGGUAUAUAUUGGUACAAAUGAAGCAAAGAAAAACUGUAUAAUUGUUCAGAGUGGAGAUAACGUGUUUGCUGCAGUCAAACUAUUUUUGAUGAAAAGGCUUAAAGAAGUAACAGAUACAAAGAAAGUUAAUUUCUUGAAAAACAUAGAUGAAAAACUCACAGAAGCAGCCAGAAAAUUGGGGUACUCGUUGGAACAGAGAACUGUGAAGAUGAAGCAGAGAGAUAAGAAAGUUGUGACGAAGACCUUUCAUGGUGCGGGCUUGGUUGUUCCAGUAGAUAAAAAUGAUGUUGGGUACAGAGAACUCCCUGAAACAGAUGCUGACCUCAAGAAAAUUUGCAAAACAAUUGUCGAGGCUCCAAGUGAUGAAGAGAGACUAAAAGCCUUUGCUCCCAUUCAGGAAAUGAUGACUUUUGUGCAGUUUGCCAAUGAUGAAUGUGAUUAUGGCAUGGGGCUUGAGUUGGGAAUGGACCUCUUUUGCUACGGUUCACAUUAUUUUCACAAAGUGGCUGGGCAGCUUUUACCUCUUGCAUAUAACCUGUUGAAGAGGAGUCUGUUUGCAGAGAUUAUUGAGGAACAUCUGGCCAACAGAAGUAAAGAGAACAUAGACCAACUUGCAGGAUGAGUGAGAGUUUGCUUUGGUGUACAGUGUGUUAAACCUUUAGUAUUAAACUUGAGUUUUUUUGUUUGUUUGUUUUUAAGGAAUACAGAAAAUAAACCGAGGGAAACAUUUCCUAAAAACUUU